AUGCUGACAACAGAGGAUUUAUGCAGAAAAGGAUUCUAUGGAAUACAGAUAAAAGAUCUCAAGAAAAAUGAAAUAAUCACACUAAAAGACCAGCCAGGUGUAGAGAUUGUCACAGAAUCUUCUCUUAGAAAAGUGAAGGAAACUUUAGAUCCAACACUUUUUAAGCAAGACCCAAAUGCCAGCAUAAAUUCUUAUAUACGGGCAAGCAACAAAGAGUUCACGCAAUAUAUGACCAAUGGCAGAUUAAAUUUUAACUGCCCAGAGUAUUAUUUUAUUUUGCACGAACUAGUAGUACAUGACCAUCCAGUUAGCUGUAAUGAUACACGAAUAAAGCUAAAGAUAGGUGCCAAGUCGUUCUUCUACUUUAUAAAGAAGCUGGUUCUUUCUGGAGUUGUCAAGAAGCUAGAAAAUGGAAGUAAAAUUGCGUUAUGUAAAGAUGACCUUCCGCAGGAAAAAGAGCUUCCUGAGUAUCCGCCGCCAAAGCAUUUAUUACAACAUGUACCAAUAUAUGUGCAGAUCCGCAAUUUAUUGACAAGAGCAGAAGGAACAUCCACUCAGCAGAUUAAAGAAUAUUUGGGGAUAAAGAAUAGGCAGGCGCACGUUGCACUAAGACAUGUCAUGCAAGAAUUUGGGGAUGAAAUAAAAAUAGUAACAGAAUUCGAAGGAAAGACAAGAAGGCACCGGUAUAUCUUAAAAGAGCACUAUGGCAAUAAAGAAAAACAGUUUGAAAGCCAUAUGCAGGGUGUGGAGGCAGCAGGGUCUAUUGAGGUACACAAUGACUGCAUAGACACCGAGCAGCGCACUAGGGUGAUAGAGGACUUAGUAUCAAAAGAGCAGGUAAUCAUGUACAAUAAGGCAUUUCAUCAAAAAAUAUCUGAAAUACUUGGCAGUAAGCAUACUAUUGAUAAGAACACUGUUGUACGAACUGCCCGGACAUCCUCAAAGAUCGAUUUGGUAUGCGUGUAUAUUAAAUAUGCAAUGAAAACCAUUUCCAGAAAUGUGUUUAAGAUAUGUUCGCUAAAACCAACAGAUCCUGUGAUCAUAAAUUGCAUAAGAAAGGAGGGGUAUAAGUCCUUUAGCAUUGUGACCAAUAACGGUGUAAUUGACUAUAAUUAUGAGGAUGAGUAUACAGAAGACAGCCCACAAUCGGCUGAAAAGAGUACUAAACCAAGCAGGCUAGAUGACUCUAAGAAGUACUAUAGAGGCAUACUAUUCACCGAGUAUGAAAACUUGUUUGCAUCUGAAGGCAAUGGGUAUGUGCUCAAAAAAGAAAACCGACUGCGGAUACUAAAAGAUUUCUGGAGAAAAUCGUCAUUAAGAAUUGAAAAAAACCACCAGACCGUGGAUGAAUUGCCAAUGUGGAUUCUGUUUUCUGUGUUUCCAUUUUCGGCUCCAAAUUUAAGAAACAAAGUGCACGAGUUUUACAGUGGAUUAGAAAAAGACUGGGAAAGCGUGCCCUAUAAUAACUUUAGAAAGGAUGCUGGAGUAGAGCUGUCUAAGUACUUCACAGCUAAGAAAUAUCUAAACAUUUUAACUGAAUAUAUAGAUGAAUUGUUAGAUAAUUUAGAACUCAAAGAAAUGCCCAAUCCAUCAACAAAUACCGUGUAUUAUGCACUGUGUGAUAAUGAGGUGGCCAGUUCAGUUGAAGAAGAUAGUUUAAUGCGAAAAGAAUUGUCUUUCAUAAAUAAAGAAGAGAGAGAGGCUCUAUAUCAGUGCAUGUGCAAUGAAUUGGAGAAAAGAGCAGAUUGUUCUAAGCCGGAUGGCACCAUUCCAAAGCAAAUAGCAUUUGGUGUGGGAAUAGAUUCAAUAUUACGCAGCAGGCAUAACAAGGAGAUAAAAUCAGAUAUAAUUGGGCUUUUUAUUCGAAAACAGUCGUUUAAAAAGACAUACAGCAUAUUCAACAGUUGUAUGAAAAUAUCUCCAGCAAACUAUGACCAGCUUUGUGCAGAAGAUAUAGAGUUAAACAACAAAGUAUUUUCAAAGGAGCAGAUACUUCAGUGCAUAUAUGCAGUAAAAACAGAAUUACUUAAUAUGGGCACUGUUUGGGCACUUGAAGCCUUCCAGGAAUAUGACUAUUUUCUGCUUGAAUAUGUGAUUCUAACACUCAAUGCAUAUAAAGUACUCAUGCUCUCUAAAGCAUCAAUAAGGAACAAUGUGAUAAUUCAGAUAAAGAUAUUUGAAGAGUACAAAAAAGCGGUUACAAAUGCUAAAAUAGCACUGUAUAGAACAAAUGGUAUAUCCGAUACCAAUCAGGAAAGUAGCGAGGCGUAUUCUUCUAGCAUGUAUCUACAGACCUUUGGAAUAGAUGGUAUUAGCAAAAUAUCUUCUGAUAAUAGUGCUGUUUCUUACGCUGCUGCAUCUUUGUUCCUCUAUUUAAUACAUAAUGGAGCAGUAUGUCUCAAUAAAGCACAACAAAAGAACUUUACUACCCGAAUAGAGAUAGAAACUAUCAUUAAUCAGUAUCCAACUAUAUUUCUGCUUCAUAUAAAGAAAAAGUAUUCUGAUUCAGUGGUAAUGCUUAGAUAGCCAU